GCGACGGACCACUCCGUCGAUGGCGAACAAAAUGGCGACGAUGGCACCAGGCUACCUAUCGCUAGCUCCGGUAGCGAGUCGUCUCAGUUGUUAUUCUUCGUCGACUUCUGGUUUCUUUAAACCUCUAUCGUCGAUGACCAAUUCACAUUUUUACCGGAAUUUCGCUGCGAAAAUUCGUGCCUCGUCUGUAACCGCCACCGUGGAAACCAAGCCGGGAACCGAUGUGAAUGAAAAUGAGGCAAAGGCAAAGAAACAGGUACUGGCUUGCCCCAUUUGUUAUGACACGUUAAUAUGGAAUGGUGAUCCAGUUUUCUCAGUAGAUACUACCCCUCGCUCUACUCUAAAAUGCAGCACCUGUAAAAAGGCCUACGGUGGUAAUGGAACACAUCUUGAUCUAACAGUAGGUAGUGGUUCCAAGAAAUAUGGUGAAUAUAUGCCAGCUUCUUCUGAGCUUUUCAGGUUUCCUCUAGUGUCAUUCCUGUAUGAGAGGGGUUGGCGACAGGGUUUUUCACUAUGGGGUGGUUUCCCGGGCCCAGAGAAAGAGUUUGAACUGAUGAAAGAUUAUCUUAAGCCAAUCAUUGGAGGAAGCAUUAUUGAUGCUAGUUGUGCUAGUGGGAUGUUCUCGAGGCUUUUUGCAAAGAGUGGGCUGUUUUCUCUCGUUGUUGCUCUAGAUUUUUCAGAGACCAUGUUAAAGCAGUGUUAUGACUACAUCAACCAGGAUCAAAACAUAUCUAAAGAGAACUUAAUCUUGGUUAGAGCUGAUAUUGCACGACUUCCAUUCGCUUCAAGUUCUGUAGAUGCUGUGCAUGCUGGUGCAGCUCUACACUGUUGGCCCUCACCCUCUGCUGGUGUAGCUGAAAUAAGUCGAAUUCUUCGACCAGGAGGGGUUUUUGUUGCCACCACCUUCAUAGUAGACGGUCCUUAUUCAUUUAUCCCCUUUUUAUCACCUAUACGCCAGAUAUCCGGGAGCCGCGUGUACCUAUCUGAGCGUGAACUAAAAGAUCUGUGCUCAACUUGUGGACUGGUAGACUAUACGUGUGUAAGAAACAGACGAUUCGUUAUGAUCUCUGCCCGAAAACCCACCUGAAGAACAUGCCCAACCGCAUCGGUAGUUCUGUAACAAUUGUUGUACAUGAUGAUUCAUUCACAAGAACUUGAUAGAUUAUUGUAAAUGUAAGCAAAACUUCAAAUGUAGAUUCUAAACUUCAAGAAGUACAGCAUUGCCAUUUAAUUUGUAAGGGUUGUUUGUCAGUUGC